AUGACAGUCAAUGAACAAUUAAAAGAAAAAUGGAUGGUCAUGAUAGUAAAACAUCCACUUUUGCGUAGUCUUUUAGUUGACGAUAUCGAAUUUAAGAAAACAUCUACACAAAUUAAACAAGAACUUAUCGAUAAAGAAAAACGUGAAGAUGAUGAAUCUGUUAAACAAUGUCCAAAAUGUCAACAAAAUUAUAUUCCAUGUCAAGCUAAUCAUGGUAGUUGUCAUUACCAUGAUGGAUAUGUUUACUAUCUUGAUGAGAGUAGAGAAUUGAGCGACAAUGAAGCUAAUAUGAUUACUCAAGACGCUAAAAUGGCUGCACAAAUUGCAAAUAGUGAUCAAAAAUUCAAACCUCCGAGAUUAAUAUGGGCAUGUUGUUUGCGUUUGUACGGUCAAGAACAGCCAUGUCGAGUGGGUAUCUGUGGACUACCUGAUGACCUCAAAGAUCAACCAAUUCCACCGGGCAAAGAUUUACGCACAUUCGUCGAAGAACAUUUUAAGACAAAUCCUCUUGCCAAGAAAAAUAUCGAACAAUUCAAAAAGAUAAGUAAACACAUGUCAACAACAACAACGUCGCAAUUGAAUCCAGUACCUAAUCGGCCAACAACAACGAUGUUUUCUUCAAAGAAACCAUAG